AUGUCAGCUACUUCUGGCACGCCCAUCACGAGCACCGCCAAAGCAUCCGAGGCGCCCGCUGCCGCUCACACCGGGGAAGAGGCGGUCGUCGCCUCGCCGUCGAGCUCGAACGAGCAGGCGAAGGAGGACAAGGAGGACAAGGAGGGCGAGAAGUCCGACAACGACCAGGAAGAGCAGAAAUGCACGUCGACGGAUCAGCUUAGCGCUCGCUCACUUGCUGACCGCUCUUCUGUCGGUUCUGCAGCGGCGGGCAUCUUCCCGUGUGUCAGUGAGGAGAGGGACGGAGGAUUUCUCGCUCUUGCCACGAUCUCUGGCAUCCCGCUGUGCUCGCCGUACCCGAGCGAGGAGCAGAUUAGGCGUAGGUACGAGGAGAUCGUUGAGUCGGCUGAGAAGUUGGCCAAGGCUGCAGCUGCGAGCCCGAGCGAGGAGCAAGAUCAGGACCACGAAAGCGGCAAUCCCGGAGGCCCUCUCCCUGUGAACAAUCCUGCUUGCGGCACCGUCCAACAGAGGCAGGAGAAAGAAAGGUGUGCUGGCUAG